UUGGCUGCAGGUAGAACCUGGGGCCGCGCGAGCGGACCGAGGUCUCCAGGGAGCUCGCGAGAGGGGCGCGGGCGCCCGAGGCCCCUAGGGACGGCCGUUGUGAGCGCGGUGGUGCGGGCCUGGCCUGAGCUGGACGGAGCCCGCGGGUGCGGAGAUCCGGGGGCCGAGGCCGCGCGCAGCGAAGGCGAGCCGCAACCCACGCUGAGAGUCCUCAAGGCAAGCCCGCUGGCCGCGGCCGCUCCCUAGGCCACGCCCCAGCCUGGGAAGAUGGAGGGGGACCGGCGGACCAGUCCGCCUACACAGAGCCUGCUUCCCGAUGGCCACUUGGUCUUAUGGACGCUGUGUUCCGUGCUGCUGCCGGUGUUCAUCACCUUCUGGUGCAGCCUUCAGCGGUCACGCCGGCAACUGCAUCGCAGGGACAUCUUCCGCAAGAGCAAGCACGGCUGGCGUGACACCGACCUGUUCAGCCACCCCACCUACUGCUGCGUGUGCGCGCAGCACAUCCUCCAGGGAGCCUUCUGCGACUGCUGCGGGCUCCGCGUGGACGAGGGCUGCCUCAAGAGGGCUGACAAGCGCUUCCCGUGCAAGGAGAUCAUGCUCAAGAACGACAGCCGGGCCGCAGAUGCCAUGCCUCACCACUGGAUCCGCGGUAACGUGCCCCUGUGCUCUUACUGUGUCGUCUGCAAGCAGCAGUGUGGCAGCCAGCCUAAGCUCUGCGAUUACAGGUGCAUUUGGUGCCAGAAAACAGUUCAUGAUGAGUGCAUGAAAAGUAGCUUAAAGAAUGAAAAGUGUGAUUUUGGAGAAUUCAAAAAUCUCAUCAUCCCACCAGGUUAUUUAACUUCCAUUAACCAGAUGCGUAAAACCAAAAAGACAGAUUAUGAAGCGCUAGCUUCUAAGUUUGGAAAGCAGUGGACCCCAUUGAUAAUCCUGGCCAACUCUCGUAGUGGGACGAACAUGGGAGAAGGACUGUUGGGAGAGUUUAGGAUCCUGUUAAAUCCAGUCCAGGUAUUUGAUGUAACGAAAACACCCCCGAUCAAAGCCCUGCAGCUAUGCACGCUUCUUCCUUAUCGCUCGGUUCGAGUCCUUGUUUGUGGAGGGGACGGGACUGUGGGCUGGGUCCUCGAUGCAGUUGAUGAAAUGAAGAUUAAGGGACAAGAAAAGUACAUUCCACAGGUUGCAGUCUUACCUCUGGGAACAGGCAAUGAUCUGUCCAAUACCCUGGGUUGGGGUACAGGCUAUGCUGGAGAAAUCCCAGUUGCACAGGUCUUAAGAAAUGUAAUGGAAGCAGAUGGAAUCAAACUAGACCGAUGGAAAGUGCAGGUAACAAAUAAAGGAUACUACAAUUUAAGAAAACCCAAGGAAUUCACAAUGAACAACUACUUCUCUAUUGGACCUGAUGCCCUCAUGGCUCUCAAUUUUCAUGCUCAUCGUGAGAAGGCACCGUCUCUGUUUUCCAGCAGAAUUCUUAACAAGGCUGUUUAUUUAUUCUAUGGAACUAAAGAUUGUUUAGUGCAAGAGUGUAAAGAUUUGAAUAAAAAAAUUGAGCUAGAACUGGAUGGUGAGCGAGUUGAACUGCCUAAUUUGGAAGGUAUUAUCGUUCUGAACAUUGGAUACUGGGGUGGAGGCUGCAGACUGUGGGAAGGAAUGGGAGACGAGACUUACCCUUUAGCCAGGCAUGAUGAUGGUUUACUGGAAGUCGUUGGAGUGUAUGGGUCUUUCCACUGUGCUCAAAUCCAAGUGAAACUGGCAAAUCCUUUUCGAAUAGGACAAGCACAUACAGUGCGGCUGAUUUUGAAGUGCUCAAUGAUGCCGAUGCAGGUGGAUGGGGAGCCAUGGGCCCAGGGACCCUGUACUGUCACCAUAACGCACAAGACACACGCUUUGAUGCUCUACUUCUCUGGAGAGCAGUCGGAUGAUGACAUCUCAAGCGCUUCAGAUCAGGAGGACCUAAAGGACACCGAGUAGAGGGAGGGACAAGCUGCCACGGCAUCUGCCCACGCCAGUAGACACAUGGUCGCCCACAGGAAGUACUGUUAGCACGCCAGUCUUCAUUUCAUUCCUCGUAUAAUGGUGUGAGCUUAUGCAGAGGUUUCCACAGCUAGACCUCGGUCUCACAGACACAUACUCUUAUCAGCAAGAUCCUCUCUGAUCUUGGGAAAAAAAACACAAAAGGUUGCAAGAAGAUGAAAUGUUUCUCCUGACUGAAUGUUUCAAGACUGGGGCUUACUCUGCAGUAUGCACUGUCCUAAGUGACAUAUUUGACAUACAGGGUGUAGAUGAAGAAAAUCAUUUCCCUCUUAGUUUUUGAUACAGAGACAACAUAACAUGUUAAAAAUUAACUUGCUUUUUGAACUGCUGUAGUUAACGCUGAGCUUACUCCUGCAGUGUGCUUCCUAAGAUUUCCCACACCUCAAACCAAAUGGACCCUACAUCCUGAUUUCUAGGAGCCCCUGAGGAGAGACUAUACUGAGAAUUUUCACAGUAGUGUAAUUUCUGUCGUCAUUUUUAGGCUUCUGGGUAUUUUAUGGCCAUAUUGAGCUGAAAUGCAAAAAUCUUUUUAAUUGUUUUUGUUUGGGCAGUAGUAGGGAUUGAACCUAGGUCCUCUGAGAGAAAGUCUAGAUGAAUGUUCUACCAAUGAACUAUACUCCCAGCACCAUACAUACAUAGAUGGGUCUAAGGUAAGAUUAAGAACAUUUUGGAUUGAAAGCUCUAUAAUUUGCCAGCUUCUCUACUGAUUAAAAGAUAGUGGGGAAAAAAUAGACAUAAGGGAAACUUCCGAGUUAGUUUAAUUACAAAAAAAAAAGUCUAGGCUGACUGCUUUUGGGUCAGGUGAGUGGUCUUGGGUUGUGAAACGCUGUGGGUCUGACAGCAUCACCCUUGGAGAGGGAAGCUUUGCUGAGAUGUUUAUCAUAUUUAUUUUCAGAGUGAGAAAGAUACCCAUUUUAACUUAUUAUUAACCUGGUGGCAUGAUCCUUGUGUUAGUGUUUACACUGUAGUGUACAGUUCUGUCUACUGAAGUGGUCACAUAAGUCUGUGAUCACAGUCACAGAGAACUCUCCCUUGGUUUCCAUGGCAUAUAUACUCACUGGGAUCAUUCCUCAGACUUGGAAAGGGGGGGCACAUGAUGAACUUGGGGUCACAAAGCUUUGUUUCACUGCACCUCCACCCUCUGUUGCAAAGUAGAAGGCAGUUCCACGGCUUUCCAUUAGAGGGUGCUCUGCCGCUGUUGUCAGUGGCCUGCCUCUACAGUUAGCCACACCCAGUGGGCAUCUAGUCCCAUGUGCUUCUGACAAAGGGCAUAUUUGCACUUGGUGGUCUUGCAUGAAUUAAUUUUUACAAGACUAGAAUCUAGUCCCAAAACCACCAUUUAUCUCCCUUUUAAUGUUUUAUUAUGAAUCUACAGUCAGUGAAUUGCCAUAAACCAGUCUGAAUCACCUCAGGCUAGGCCAUGUUUUUGAAAGGACAAUGCAGUAAAAUAAUUUUUCACUGCUACAUUAACCUCUUCUACCUGUUCCCAGGUGAUGCCAAAUUGUACCACUGACAGAUGCUCCAUGGGUCUGUCGCAGCUUGCUCAUAGGCCUUUACACUGGAUAAUUGCAGCCUAGGGUGCAGGAGUUUGCAGCUUUCCCUUGGGAGUGAAUCCUGUUUGGAGCGUAAUGAAAUUCAUCCUUGGAUUCAUGGUCAGGGUUGUUAAGAUGUCAUCCCUGAGGCACACUCUUAAAUUUACCUAUAGUUCAUAGUGCUCAUUUGUAGUGGAAGUAAAUCAUUAAUUUGGGGCUAUCAAUCAAAAUAAUUAGGGUAAUUUCAGAGAUACUCUAGUUAGAGCAGGCUAUGUCCCUUCCCCCACCCCCCCACCCCCGACAUACCGUGUUGUUUUUCUGAUGCCUUACUCACCAGAUUUUUAUUCUGUAGUUUUCAUAAUACCGCAUCACAAAACAUAGCAGUAUUGUUUUACUAUAGCUCACACUUUUAGACACUAGUUCAUCCUGCAUUCCAAGUAAAUGUAUAGGCAUGUGCCUUGUUUGAAUACAGUUUGUAAGACUUGGCAUUUGCAAGUUAUAUAUUAGAGAGUAGUAGCUUACAUUACCAGGUGUCCAUAAUUAUACCCUGGUUCACCACAAGAUCGUCUACCCUGUUUAAAGUUGUCUCAACAGCAACAUAACUUACAUGUUCUCAGGAAAAACUAUGAACCAUCUGCUUUUGCAUCUCUUGUCUUUUUCUGCCCUUAUACAUCCCUUAUGCCUCAUGAACUUAGUGACUUCAACACCAAAUACCCGGCAGCUCCUUUAGGUCUUAGACAGGUAGUUUCCAGUGCUUUGUUAUAUUUAGUAGAGUCAGAGGUACUUCUAUCUAGAAUAGAAGUUGUCCAGUAGUAAGGUCACUGAAUUUAAAUGUCUUAAAUUUUCUGUGACUCUCAGCUGUGAACCUGUAAUGUAGCUGAUAUUUAUAAGAAUUUUAUAGUGAAACUAUUUAUUUUAUUUUUUUAGAGUAUGAAAGUCUGUAGUAGUUGCCUUUUGAACAUUUGUGUACCCGGGUGUAGCAUAGCCUGACUCAGAAAAGUUCCUAUUUGUGCUGUAAGCUGAGUUCUUCCACCAGCAUGUCAGAAAGCAAUUCUCAUCUGUAAUAUAAAUCAAAUAUCCCUAAUGUACACUAUGGGGGUUUCAUUUGCACUAGCUAGAAAACUUGAAAGGUUAUGUUAAUUUGCACAUCAAUGUGGACCCAAAUACAUGAUCUGACCAGAAAGGUCAAUAGAAUA